AACCAGAGGAUUGAAACCCAGAAACUCACUUGUGCAAAAAUGAUCGACAUUUGGUCAUGGAUAUGUGAGCUUCCCUACUCGGACGAGUGGGCGGCAUCAGACUCACCCCUGGUACUUGAGUUGGCGAGUAACUCACCACCGAGUCAAAAAGACUCUUGCCGGUCAAUCAAACUCGUGGCUGACCGUACCUCCAGCUCCAACUCAGUGAUUUUCAAGGUAUGCUUGCAAAGCUUUAAUCUUGACUACUGUAAUCCUCCAGGGACUCUCUGGGUCUCCGACACGUGUCCUCUUUCUUCCGAAAAACCGUUCCUCCCGCUGUUACUCCAACUUCUCCACGAAAUCAUCACCCGCUCACCCACCGGGUACGAUAGCUCAUGCCUUAACUCUCGACUCCAAAAACUGAAACCCGACCCGGUAGUGUGGGUCAUGGAUUCUCACUCGCCCGAAUCUUUCUCCAGUUUCUUCAACUUAAUUUUCCUGACGCGCUUGUUCUGGCUGUGUGUGUGUGAAGCGCCGGCCGAAGUCGGCUCUUUCUACUUCCAAUCACUUCUGGGUCCCAAUCUGGAGGCGUUGACGUGCAGCCACGCGCCGGUACUCCGGACGUUUUUGGUUUCCUCCGGCGUAGACGUCGAGCUCUGCUUCAUGCGAACCAUAGGCUACAUGUUAACAAAAUGGCUCCUUUCAAGGGAAAUCCGGGUCGGGUUACAGGUGCUUGACCCGCUGCCACGUCAGCAUAUGGGGUUCUCUUAUGCAACCGAGGCCCAUGGGCUUUGGAUUUUAAAGGGAUAUGUCCCAAUUUUGGGGAUGACGCUAACCAACUCAAAUAAAGGGCAAAUCAGUAAAUUCCCAAUUGUGGAGGCCAAAGAGGCAGUGUUAAGGUACGCCUUGGCACAUCAACAACUAGAGACCGUUCUUCAAUUAGAGUACUCGGUUAAAUUCUACGACGGAUAUAUCCAAGUGAAUGCACGUGUCAACAAUCUGAGGCUUCACGUGUCAAGAUUAGGGUUCAAGAAAAACGAUAAUACAGAUUACACCGAUGAAAAGCAUUUUCCAACUAGGGUUAGUGUUUGGAUCGGGCCUGAGCUCGGUUACUACACAUUGGGGUUAACUUUAGGUCGAUCAACAAACAUCGAAGAAAGGGAAGUCGAACUGCAAAAAUUGAUGAAAGGAAGUUAUGGGAAAUCGAAAGUUCCAAAAAUAAAAACGAGAGCUAGAAUGUCAACAAAGAUGAAGAUGAAGAAUUGGAGGUGUGAUCAAGAUGCAAAGGGUAAUACAGUAAUUUUCGAUGCUAUUUUAUGUGACAAUGAAACGGGUCGAGAAAUAAUCAAUUGGAUUAAUCCGAAAAACAAAAACGACAGUAGCAGCAAUAGUAAUAAUGAUGAUAAGAAUAAUAGUUAUAAUGUGUUUAAAAAUAGGUACGAAGGGGUGAAUCGGUCAUUUACUAAGAGUGGGGGAUUGGUUUUUGCCGGAGAUGUGUACGGUGAAGAGGUGAGUUGGAGGUUGAGCAAAGAGAUGGAAGGGAGUGUGUUGAAGUGGAGGAUGGGAGGGCAUGUUUGGUUGAGUUAUUGGGCUAACAGUGUCAAGAGCUCUUAUCAUGAGACAAGAUUUGUGGAAUGGUCUGACGAGGUUGAUUUGCCUCUUAUCCCUGGAAAAUAAUACUAUUUAA